UUGCGGUGUUCGCCUUGCAAGCUGAGUUCUGUGAACUGGCAUCAUGGUAGCUUCACGCCAUGGCCCAAACAGAGCUACGCCUUGAUGGCCUUGGCAUUCGGAAGAUCGUGGAGAUCCCUCCUGGCAUUCAGGUCCUGUCUGUCAGCGGCAAUCGACUGCGAAAUGUUGGCUCGAUUUCGGAAUGCCUGACGCUGCAAGAGGUGAACCUGGCAGCCAACAAGUUGAGUGAAGCCGCACUUGCGCCUUUGGCAGCCCUCCCAGCACUCAGGGUGCUCAAUGUGUCCAGGAAUCAAGUUCGGAGUUUGACACCUUUUGCUCCGGCAUUGGCAGGCCAUGCUUUCCCAGCCCUGGAGGAGCUGAACAUCUCCGCAAACCCCUUGAGCGAUGUCACUGCCGCGAUGUCUUUACAAAAGCUACGCAUUCUGACGGCAACUGACCUGGCAGCCACCACUCUAAAGUGCGUUCAUUCCAGCUUGGAGGUGAUUGAUCUGAGAAGCUGCCGUUUGCAGUCCAUCUCUUCGCUGCAGGCUCUGCCGUACCUGUCGGAACUCAUGCUGGACGGAAACUCGCUGGCGACCUGCAAGGAUCUGGGGGUGCAUUCCUGCUUGCAGGUGCUCCGAGUGGCGGGCAACGAGAUCCGCGAGAUCUCGGCGGUGCAGCUGCCGUCGCUGACGGAGCUGGACUUGGCGUCAAACAAGAUCUCGCAGGCAUUGAAUCUUGCGGGUGCUCCCCGGCUGGUCUCCUUGGUGGCGCGUGCAAACCAGCUUACCUCUUUGGUGCAGCUAUCAGCAAUGCGCAGCCUGACAUUUCUGGAUGCCUCGCAGAAUCAUAUACGGGCCCUUGAGCCAGCCCUUUGCUGGAGCUUGCGCCCUUUGCGAGUGCUGCUGCUGAAUGGCAACGAAAUCCGCGAUGUGGAGGAUGUAGCGCAGACGAUGGACAUGGCGGGCGGAUUGGCUUUAGAGCAUUUCGACUUGCGCGACAACCCUCUUAGUUCCGCCUUCUACCCAUGUGGGGAGCGACUACCAACAUGGACAUGGGAGGCCUAUGGAAGCUUGCAAGACAUUGAAGCGGACUCAAGGGAUCAGCCGCUCGAUGCCGUGACUCUCGGUGUGAGGGAACGCUAUUACCACCGGAUUUCCUUGCUGUGCCCCACGUUGCAGAGUCUUGACGGCAUGCUGGCAAUGCAGCUACCAUCCAUGCCGCCCUCUUUGUCUCGAAAGCAUGGAUCAUCUCGACGAGGAGUGGAUCAGGAUGAAGUGUUGUACAGAACACCGAGGCAAAGGCCUUCAAGAGAAGAGCAGGCAUGCCAAGCAUCAAUGGAACUAUCGAUGGAAUCACCGGUCAGAGCGGUGAGGGAGUCGGGCAACGACGCUCCAAAAAGUCUUGAUGAUGUUAGUCUUGGUGCAUCUCUUCUUGUUCCUGAAGUCUCUACCAUCGACGCAGCCACAUCUCCUGUUUUUCGCGAUGGCAGCUUGCUCGGCCAAGAGAGCGCUCCGGCGUCGCUUGUGAAUCUGGGCUUGGCGCCAGAGCUUCUUGCAGUGCAGAGAGCCAAAGUAUCAGAGGAGGCGUUGGCCGAGGUUGCUGCUGCCGCAGCAGCCGCUGCUUUGGCAAGUGCAGAGCAGGUUUGCAGUGGCUGCCACAGCAUCCUCACUCAUCCCUUUUGCUCGCACUGUGGAGCCCGGCGCGAUGACAAGGGAAACCCAGGAGGCCCGGAUGCCAGCAUUUCGAGAAGUACUUGGUUGAACAGGACGAGUGUGAGCCAGGCAGAAGAGGCAGCAACUUCAAGUCAGGGCUCCUUUUUACCCGUCGUCAACUUGCGGGCGUGCGAUGACAGGCAAGCAGGCCAAGAGUUUGGCGUGCUGCCCGCUGCUAGCGACAGUCCCAAACGUCAGGUUGCAACGCUAGACAAUCUGCCCAGUGAGCCUGGCAGAGCGCAUGAGAUGCCUCCAAACCCGCAAAGGGCUGUUGGACAGAUGGAAGGGAGACCAGCAGACCAGCUGGGACUGGCACCAGGAGCGUUCGAUGGCAGCUUGCCACAUGAUGUCAUCAGGCUGGAAGAUGUCUUGCGAGAUGAGCUGAUGCAGAAGGGCGAGGAUUUCGAAGUACAGCAACUGCAUAUUGUGGAGAAGCUCGAGAAAGCACAUGAAGAACUGGCAAAGCAGUGGCAAGAGCUAGAUAUGGAGAGGACCAGGUCUAAUGAGCAGCAAGAAGAGCUUACGCAGAGAUUGGCAAGAGAGCAAACCGAGCUGCAAGAGCAACUUGAAGUGGAAGUGCAGAAGAGACAUCAGUGGGAGAAGCAACAACAGUGGUUCUUGGAAAAGCAGCAGCAGGACUUGGAAGAUCACUGGCAGCAAGAACAAAAUAGAAGAAAGCGCCAAUGGGAAGCUGAGCAGGAGGAGGAGUUUAUCAAGCUCCAAAGGCGUUUCCAAGAGCUCCAGCAGCAGUUUCAGGAACGUCUUGAGUCAGCAGUGCCACCGCGUGGUCCGCCUUCCCCGAGCCGCGGGUUUGGUCUGCCUGAAGACGAUUCCUUGGCGCUGGUUGCUCCGAGUCUUGCAGAUGUGGCUGCGAAGCUCUCCGCGCGCGCCCAGAACCAACCCACUUCUCCCGCGAUGGAGCAGGACCCAUGGCAGCCAGAGCAGACCCACACAUUCCGCAGUCUUGCCCAGACCAUAUUGCAUCCAAGCACAGCUUGGGGAAGUGUGACAGCUUCAAGGGAUGUGGGGCAGUUGGACUUUGUUCCGGGUGAAAGAAUCCAACUAGCCAUUCCGGCAGCAUGGGAGGAGACAAGAGUUGUACCAGAAUCAGAACCAAGGGCAGAGCCAAGAUCUGUGCCGCAAGCAGGACCAAGGGCAGAGGCAAGAUCUGCGCCGCAAGCAGAGCCAAAGGCAGAGCCAAGAAUUGUGCCACAAGCAGAAGCAAGGGCAUCGCCGCAAGCAGAAGCAAGGGCAUCGCCAAGAUUGCCACAAGCAGAACCAAGGGCAGAGCCACGAUCUGUGCCGCAAGCAGAACCAAGGGCAUCGCCGCAAGCAGAAGCAAGGGCAUCGCCGCAAGCAGAAGCAAGGGCAUCGCCAAGAUUGCCACAAGCAGAACCAAGGGCAGAGCCACGAUCUGUGCCGCAAGCAGAACCAAGGGCAUCGCCGCAAGCAGAAGCAAGGGCAUCGCCGCAAGCAGAAGCAAGGGCAUCGCCAAGAUUGCCACAAGCAGAACCAAGGGCAGAGCCACGAUCUGUGCCGCAAGCAGAACCAAGGGCAUCGCCGCAAGCAGAAGCAAGGGGAUCGCCAAGAUCUUUGCCACAAGCAGAACCAAGGGCAUCGCCAAGAUCUGUGCCGCAAGCAGAACCAAGGGCAUCGCCGCAAGCAGAAGCAAGGGAAUCGCCAAGAUCUUUGCCACAAGCAGAACCAAGGGCAGAGCCACGAUCUGUGCCGCAAGCAGAACCAAGGGCAUCGCCGCAAGCAGAACCAAGGGGAUCGCCAAGACCAUUGCCACACGCUGAACCAGCGGCAUCGCCAAGAUCGGUGCCACAAGCUGAAGCAAGGGCAUCGCCAAGAUUGCCACAAGCAGAACCAAGGGCAGAGACACGAUCUGUUCCGCAAGCAGAACCAAGGGCAUCGCCGGAAGCAGAAGCAAGGGGAUCGCCAAGAUCUUUGCCACAAGCAGAACCAAGGGCAUCGCCAAGAUAUGUGCCGAGAGCAGAACCAGAGCCAAGAUCUGUUCCGCAAGCAGAAGCAUCUUUGCCACCAGCGGCAUCGCCAAGAUCUGUGCCACAAGAAGAAGCAAGGGCAUCGUCAAGAUCUUUGCCACAAGCAGAACCAAGGGUAGAGCCAAGAUCUGUGCCGCAAGCAGAACCAAGGGGAUCGCCAAGAUCAUUGCCACAAGCUGAACCAGCGGCAUCGCCAAGAUCGGUGCCACAGGCUGAAACAAGGGCAUCGCCAAGAUCUUUGCCACAAGCAGAACCAAGUGCAGAGCCAAGAUCUGUGCCGCAAGCAGAACCAAGGGCAGAGCCAAGGUCUGCGCCGCAAGCAGAGCCAAAGGUAGAGGCAAGAUUUGUGCCGCAAGCAGAGCCAAGGGCAGAGCCAAGAUUUGUGCCGCAAGCAGAACCAAGGGCAGAGCCAAGAUCUGUGCCGCAAGCAGGACCAAGGGCAUCGCCAAGAUCUGUGCCACAAGCAGGACCAAGGGCAGAGCCAAGAUUUGUGCCGCAAGCAGAACCAAGGGCAGAGCCACGUGUUGUGCCACCAAGAACUGUGCCACAGCCAGACCGACAGAAAGAGCCAAGAUCUGCUGCACAAGCAGAGCGAAGAACUGUGCUGCCAGCAGAGCCCGUGGCGCAAGCAGAGCUGAGAGCAGAGCCCAGAUUUGGGACACAAGCAAAGCCACGGUCGCAGCCAAGUUCCUUGCACAGGCUCACACAAAUCUUAGGCGAGACAGACCCAGCAACGGACAGCUUAUGGAGCGAUGACAAGGUUGAGCCUGGAAGUGACGGAGCUUUCCAGCGAGCAUUGCAAGGUUGUGGAAUUUGGAGUGAUGAGCAGCACAAGGAUGAUCAGCAUGCGGCUUCAUUGACGAUAACUGCAUCACUGCAGGCCGACCACCAGCGAGUGGUUUCACAAGUGCCCUUUGGGGAAUGCGUUGCAGAGCCUUCACAGCUUGCUACUUCGAGGAUGCAUCAUGACGGCGAGAUGAAUGGCAGUGCAGCAUCAAGGGCAUCCUACUUGAAGUUCCUGCAAAGAGAAAUAGCAGCGCAAAGGACUUUUGUGAGGAAUAUUAAAGAAGCAAGAAAGGCUCCUGUCAAGAACAUCACAAGGGACUUCAGUGUGGCACAGAGGCUGCAAAGCCAGGACCUGACUGGCACUGGCGAGACUGGCAUUUCAGGCCGAUCCCGGAGUGUUGAGGUCUUGCCAAGAGGGGCUGAUACGAGGAGACCUUUGCGGCCUAGAACACCACAGGUAGUUCAGACACAAGAGGUGCAGCCAACUGUCAAGCAAAGAAGCACUUCCUGUAGUGGCAAGUUCAGUAAGGUUAGCAGCGAUGAUCGCUCGUGGCACUGCAUUGUGUCGCCGGUAAAUGCCGGGGUGCGCGGGGCUUUGGAAGUGCUGGUCUCGCAGCAGGCUUGGGCCAUUCCAGAGCGACCAUUUGCAUACAUCUACUCGCUGUGCCGGGCCAUCCAAAACUGCUCCUUGCCGGCGCGGCAGCACUUUGAUUCUUUGGUGAUGCGAGAUGCUGCACGUGAAGGAGUCUUGUCACCUGCGGGCUUCUCGCAGCGUGCCUUCUUCUGCGACGAGAACAGCAAGCUAUCGGAGGUCAUCUCUUCGCCAUUCGGAUUUGCUGCUUACAAGGGAAAGGCGCUCCUCGUCGCACUACAGCUCAGGCAUGCAGAGCGCUGCUCCAACCCCAGCUCGCCGGAUUCCGCAUCUCUCACAGGGCGUACCAUCAUCGCCGAAAUCGCGCUGGGUAGAUGUCACACAACGCAUCGACCUUUGCAAGAGUUGGGUCUCGACGAGAAGGGCCUGGGUGCUGUUCCCUUGGCCGGUGGCUUGGACUCCGCGUACCGCAGCGGCGCCGACUCCGUGUACUUCCCGAAGUCGGGGGUCCUUGCCGUUCUAAGUCCUUCAAGAGCGCUCCCCAUUUUUCUUGCAGAGUACUCUCGGCAGCUUGUGGGCGCUCCUGUGACGUCACAGAUGAGAGUGACGACCGCAGGAUAAUCAGAUUUGGUCAAGCCCAAUCCUGGGCGAAUGAUGUGAAUGAAUUUCUAUAUUCUGGAGAUGCUUUUGUGAUUCAUGCGUUGAUAAAUUCGCUUCUUUGCUUCUUGCACCAGAGGCCGCUGGUCUUGCAAUUCAGAAUGAGCUUGAGCAUGCAUGAUGCACCCGG